UAGUCGUCAGUCUAGCGGGACGACUACUGGAGUGAGCAUCUAGUACCUACGCGUUGUUAAAUAGCGAGUGAAUGGUGAUUGUUGUUUUUCCCCGUGGAAAGUAGUGAAAUUUGUUUCAAUGAUCAACGCAUUCGAUUAGCUACUGAGACAUCAUUCAUUGCCGCGCAUCAAUGAUUGCUUUGAUUAAUUUAAUUAGCAUCUUCCGUGCGGUGUGGUUCAAGUGUGAAAAUUAGCACGUAGUGAACACCAUCUCCACCUUCUACGGACGGGUUGUUACCUGGCACAUACUUACGAUUUAGCACGCGUAUCGUUGGUCCGUAGUCCGGUGUUACAUUCAGAACUUUUAUAACUAGCAGUUUUUAGUGACUCGGUUUUAUGUAAGCAACACGAGUCGCGAAUAUUAUUAGUUUGAUAACCGCUACACUAGUGCAUACCUUCGGACACCUACACUAGCCUACUCACUCAGUAGUGGACUAUCGUAUGGCUGCCGUGAAGUUGUGCUGAACCAAUCUCGCUCAGCAUCCCUGUCCAGUCACCACAGUUUUCAUCAGUAUCAUCUGCUCUACAGCAAUAUGGAUCGAGUAGCAGAGGCAUCAGGAGUGCGUUUUCAGUUUUAAAUAUUGGUAGUGAUUUAAAAAAAAAGUGAUAUGAUUGCGAAAUCUAUUAGUGUUGGGGAAAACAUGCAAUCAUCUCAGAUGUGAACCAAACCAGUGACUUUCAUUUACAUAUCCUGCUUAACGAAAAGGCGAAUAAAUAGUGCAUAGUCCUCAAUUGCUCACAGUGUCAAUUUGAAGCUUAUUUGCGUAGUACGCAUGGUGAAACAUUAGAGUGAAAAUCAGAAAAUUGGAUUUUGUACAUAUCGGUGCAUGGGCUUGAAAGAGAACAAAAAAUAGUAUCGCAGAAGGAAAUCGCAAAAGUUGGUGGCGUUUCUCUACAUUAUCCUUUGAUGUACAAAACCCUGAGCCGCCUCCGCUAGUGAGCCGAGCGUGCCCUUCUCGACCGAAAAAAGCAGCAUGGAUAUACUAAUUCACGAACCGGAUGAUGGAUCAGCAGCGAAAGUCAGCGAAACAUUUCUCAGAGCGUCGUCACCAACUUUUUUACUGCCGGCUACUACCACAACUAUUAACCACCAAAACACAUCAGCGGGGUCUAUUGCGCCAACGAAAGCGAAAGCGGAAUUCAUCUGUGACCUCGAUUUGCACUCGCCGGUGAUAGGUAGCAGAGAUCGCCCCUAUCAACACCAUUUGUUGGGGAAGCACCACAACCAUCAUCAUCAUCAUUGCCACCAGCUGCAACUCCUCGGUACUGGGCUUGCCAAAAACAGCAUUAGUGAAUCUCCCUCCGCCGCCAAAUCCAGUAUCGAAAUGCGAGACAGCUACUGCUUCCACCGGUUACAGCGUUUCGUUUCGCGAAAUCCGGUACUGAACUACCUGUUGCCGCUGUGUGCGAUCGCGGUACUAGUGUUUGUGAUCUAUGCCUUCCGGGACUAUGCCAAAAACAUGCUCUUCUGGAUUGAAACACAAAACUCGUGGAUUAUCUUCUGCAUCUUCUUGUGCUUGUUCACAAUCGUCAGCUUUCCGGUGACGGUUGGCUACUUAGUGCUGAUCAUCAGCAGUGGCUACCUGUUCGGGUUCUUCAAGGGUCUCCUUACGGUGAUCAUUGGCGCUAACGUGGGGGUGGCUAUUGCGCACAACACCAUCAAAGGGAUGCAGUCGAAGCUGCCGUUGCAUAAAUUAAUAAAAAAUGAGACUGGUCGUGCCAUCCUGCGGGUAAUAUCAGGACCACGAGCAUUUAAAAUAGUAUUAUUCGCUAGACUGACACCCAUUCCGUUUGGGCUGCAAAAUACGAUCUUUGGGAUCAGUGCUGUGAACUCACGUAGUUACCACACCGGUACGGUGAUAGGUCUACUACCGGCGCAAACAAUCAACGUCUAUCUGGGAUCCAAGCUGCGCUCGAUCCAUGAAGUACUGAACGAUCAUAACGCUGCCCUUGGGCUUGCCGGUUAUGGAGUGUUUGUUGUGGAGGUUGUUGUUGGUGCAGCGUUAAUGGUGUGGGUGAUACAGAAAGCUCGUACUGAGCUGUCAGCGGCUCUGCUAUCCGACAUAGAAUCUGAUGAAAAAAUACUGAUUGAAGUGGAAGCGUAGGUGCGGUUUUGCCUAGGGCCGCGCAAAGGACACGCAGAUUGUCUUCGGAGACGAAGAUCUGUCAUCGUUAGCAUUCGUUGUGAGCAUUAUAUUUAAUCGUUAACCAUGUUCAAGGUAAUAAUAGUCUAGGCGAUAAUUAAGGAGAAAAAACAAAGAGCGAAUCAAGUCGUAUAUUUUAAGAUCAUAUUGAUGGUUAGAUGCCUAUCCAAGAAUCGAAGAAAACUAUUUAGAAGGUGAAAAGUAUCAAAGAAGGUGUUUUGUUCCUAUGAAACAAACAAGCUAAGCGAACUGACAUUCACUCAAUUGCGAUGAAACCCCCCGACAGAACAUUUAUUAUUCGAUAUAAAUCAAUUGCUCUACUAUCUAAUACUAUUGAAACUUUAAAGCCGUCCAUAUACGAAUAUUACAAAAGUAUUAUUUUCCAGUUCUUGGAAUUCUAUUAACGAACUUGGAUUUUAGGUACAAGAAAAUUGGGUACAUUCUAAAUUUAACUAAGCGUUAAAAAUUUUAAAAUAUGAUCUGAUCGCAUUGACAUUUAAAGAUUAAAAAAAACAACGAUUCUCGUACUUUUAUGCCACGAGAUCUAUUGAAAUAAUUGCUCGUACGUUAACCAUUAACCAUGCGUUUGAAAGAUAAGUUCGUUCCUGUAGACUCACAUCAACAUCACAGGCGAAUGUAUGGGUUUCCCCUCACCACAACAAAUUGCAACAGUUUCGUGGAAAUUUGCGCGAAGUGAUUUCAUUCAUACACGCCCAUGCAUUGUAGAAACGAACGUGUAUAGAAUAUAAUUUCAAAGCAAUUAUCAAACAGAGGAUGCAACGUAUAACACCAGUCUGAAACUAAUUGAUCGGAUCGGAUGACAGACAUGCCUACCACAAGUUUACAACUUUCUUCCUAUGUAGGCAGCGUGAAGCGUUGCAUUUGAUUUGCUUCGAUGCAUUGUUUCCAAAGUUUUCCAAAUUGUUUUGAUAAUAUUUCAAUCAAUGUGGAUUAUUAUUGCUAUAAUUCUUUAACAGAUCCCGUGAAUUAUAAUUAUAUACUUAUAUACGUUGGGGUGAAUAUACAUUGGGGUGAAUUUGAAAACCAAACGGAGGAAUCGAAUAUAGGAAUAGUACAAACGAAUAAGCCACGCAAGUUUGAAUCAAUUAUACUAUAGUGACAAUUUACAACUGCUAGGUUUUGUUCAUUGUGAAAUUGAACUAUAAUCAACUUUUCGUAUGCAUUUGGUUUUAUGUCUUCAACUUACGAAAACAUUCUUCGACUAAUAUUCAAAUCGAGACAAAUACGAUGAUGUGAUACAUGUAAAUGUUCGUUUAUUUUGUUAUUAUUUUAUAUAAGGAUGACAAGUACCGUGAUGGUAUAAUUUUAAUGAGCAAACAUUAUUCGUUUUCAAUAACGUGAACUAAUAGUUUUGUUGAUUAGAAUUAGCAUACAUAAUGGUACAACUUUUAGUUAUUUAUUAUUUUAUAUGGUUAUAUACCGUUAUAUUAUAUUCUGUAAAAAAACAUUAGCAACAUAAGGCAUUGAAAAGACUUCUAAAUCUGAGUAAAUAUGAGCUAGGAAUGA